AUGGAACACUUCCAAUACAACGUCUUAUGCUGCCACGUCUGGAUCUCUGUCGCGGUUUUGAGGGCCAUGGAAACAAUCGCGAUCAUUGUCACAUAUCUCACAGGUUUUCUAUUUUCUCGUUAUGUAACUCAAAGAAAAGAGAAAAAUGUUUCAUUUGGUUGACGUGGAUUUUUUUUUUCCUUUUUCCAUAGUCUAUUUCCAGAAGCGAGCCUUCUCAGCUUUAUUUGAAUACUUUAGAAGGACAACAAAGAAGUUUUAAGGAGUCCGACAUCCUCUGAUGACGUGCCAAACGUAUAAUGUCACUUUGUUGGAAAGAUACAACGAACCGCCCAUGUUUUCUGAACAUCGAAUUUGCACGACUAACGGUCCUCUGCUCUUCUGGAUCAUCAUCCACGUCUUCACAGACAUCCUGGCAUUGGUCAAUUACUUUCGACGUACCAACAAAUUGAAAAAGUCUUUGAAAAACAAAAAAGCAUCUAACUUUAUUCGCAAAAAGCGCUAAAAUCAUUACGAUAACGCAAAGAUGUGACCAGUUCAAAAAAAGAAACUAAAAAUAAGUGAUCACAGCGUUCAUUUAUUGCAUGAAAUCUCAAAAAAUAUCAAAGUCAAUACUCAAAAAGAAAACGACAGUUUGGACUUCAAAUGUCUUCAAAAGCGCUAUUACACACGAUAAAGAAAAGUUAUUGAAAAACCUUUUAAGACAAAAUUCUCAUUUGAAAAUUUCCUAUUUUCUAUAGACAUCCGUUGGAAAGAGUAGAUCGAAGCGUUUAAUGACAAGAAGGUGUAUAAACUCAGUUUUUCCUUUUUUCUUUUCUAGUUAUCAUCUUUGAAUGCACCUACAGGUAGCAGUCUACACGAAAAGCACAAAAGUUCUGUUCCCGUACUUGUUCGCGACGGCGAUGGACCUGCUCAUGUCGCUGGCCUACGUCGUCGUCCUUCUGGUCUUCGUCGCAGUCGGCGAAGAAGUCAAUAAAGUUGCUGCGGUCCUCAUAUUUCUCAGAAAUGUUGUUUUUUGCAGAUCCUGGUGAUGUCCAUGAUUGGACUGGUUCUGUUCAAAGCGUACGACAUGGUGUGUGGCAGGAGACUUUAUUGGUAUCUCCAGUGGCAGAGGGACAGCCUUCUGACUCCAAGAUCCGCCGUCAUCAAAGACGAUCAGGGCUUCCAGUUUUGA